CAUUCAUUGUGCUAAGGUCUAUCCCCCUUCUGCUUGCUGCUCCUCCUGCUAUUGCUGCUUGCUCUUGCUGAGCUUAGAGCCCUGGCGGGGACUGACUCCAACCCUAGGACAUAGGAGCUGGGGCAUCGCAGCACCAUCCCAUGUGUGGGUGAUUGGUUCAUUCACACAUUGUUUCUGUUUAUGCCUGGGGUGGGGGGACAAAUCCCAAACCAGUACUGAGAUAAUUUUUCCUUGGAAGAGAAGACAGAAACAAAGUCUUCUUGACUCCAGGUCCAGCCUUCCAUCCCUUGUACCACCUGGCUGCCUCCCAGUGGGUGGAACAUGGAGUUGGGGAAGAGGAGGAAGAGAGUUAUAGAGAGGGAUGGGAUGUCAAUAUGACCUUUACACAGCAAAAAUAUAAAGCUGUGUCAAUGAGUAUGGAAGAUUAUGAUUUCCUGUUCAAAAUUGUUUUAAUUGGAAACGCUGGUGUGGGGAAGACGUGCCUGGUCCGACGUUUUACUCAGGGUCUUUUCCCACCAGGUCAAGGAGCCACAAUUGGGGUUGACUUUAUGAUUAAAACAGUGGAGAUUAAUGGCGAGAAAGUCAAGCUGCAGAUCUGGGACACAGCAGGACAGGAACGAUUCCGAUCAAUUACCCAGAGUUACUACCGCAGUGCCAAUGCCUUGAUUCUCACCUAUGAUAUCACCUGUGAGGAAUCCUUUCGCUGUCUUCCAGAAUGGCUAAGAGAAAUAGAGCAGUAUGCCAGCAACAAGGUCAUCACUGUGUUAGUGGGCAACAAGAUUGAUCUAGCUGAAAGGAGAGAGGUCUCCCAGCAAAGAGCUGAAGAAUUUUCUGAGGCUCAGGACAUGUAUUACUUGGAAACCUCAGCCAAGGAGUCUGAUAAUGUGGAGAAACUAUUCCUGGACUUGGCAUGCCGACUGAUCAGUGAGGCCAGGCAGAAUACUCUUGUGAACAAUGUGGCCUCCCCUUUACCAGGAGAAGGGAAAAGCAUCAGCUAUUUGACUUGUUGUAAUUUCAACUAAAAGCUGGUACAAGGCAGAGAAGGAGAAAAGAAUCCAUGCCUGCUCUGAUAGGCCAGGAGUUCCUGGGAGGUAGAGCAAAGAUGGUGGUUCUUGCUCUUUGGACCUUCUGACUUCUCCGGGUUCCUGAGCUUAAAAAAGCAUGGCAGGCCGAGGGCAUUGUCCACAGGCCCACACUAGCAGAACAUUCAUAUGGUUUGACCUUUUUGCAGGCUUGGGCUGGAGUGAGAGGAAGAUUGCACUAGGAGCUCCCUGAGAUGCUGAGCAUGUGCUGUGAUAGUUGCUUUUUGUUUUUAAAAAAGCAAAAAAAAAAAAAAAAUAAAUGACCCCCCCAAACCAGCCUUUAUGGACUGAAAAGAGGGAAAACUUCCCUCCAUCACCCCCCCAAAGGAGUGAUCCUGCCCAACACUUGGUGAAUGGGUAGGGUCUUCUCUGGGAUCCUUUGAGCACCUCGAUUUUCUAGCCUGCCAGCUAAAUGAACACUGGGAAGGCCAAGUACAAUAUGUAUGGUGGGUCUGCCACAUCCUGAGGGAUUUUCAGCACCAACUCCAUAAUGAGUUUGAAAAAGUAUUACAUCUCUUGUCCACAUGCCCUUUCAAGAACUUUGGAAUCGAGAAAUUCAAAGGACCUUUGAUCUACAACCAACAGUAACAAUCAUGGCUAACAAAGGAUACAGGCCCUGUGACUCCUUUUGGUGCUAAUGGUUCAGCUGACAAUUCCUUAGACCAAACGUUUUACUACAUUAGUAUCCUCUGAAUGUGUUAUGUAGAAAUAAAUAGGGGAAGUAUGAUAAAAA